UUUCUCCACGAGCUCAGUCAGUCGCGAGCGGCGAACCGUUGGGUCAGUAGUACCGCGUCUGUGUCUGAGCUUCAAAGUUAACUCCUCCGGUAAUAAUGUCCGUUUAACGGUUUAAUUCGGUAGUUUGGAGGAACAACAGGUAAACUGGAAGCCGGUUGGAGAAAUGGAGGCUGUGAGUAAGUGGAGCCCUCAACAAGUGGUGGACUGGAUGCGAGGUCUGGAUGACAGCGUUCAGCAGUACAUCCCGUCCUUCCAGCGCCAGCAGGUGGAUGGGGAAAAGCUGCUCAGGAUGUCCCACCAGGAGCUGCUGUCUCUGGGCGUGUCGCGGGUCGGACACCAGGAGCUGGUGCUUGAGGCCGUGGAUCUUCUCUGCGCACUGAAUUAUGGUGUGGAGAAGGACAACCUGAAGACUCUGGUGGGAAAGAUGAGAGCGGCGCACCACAACUUGAACAGCGCGGUGACGCAACGUAGAAAGAACCCUGCCUACCACAGCAAAAUCUCCCAUCAGCCCUCCAACGAGUUCCUGACUGCUGUGGUUGAGCUGAUCGGAGCAGCCAAGAGUCUGCUGGCCUGGCUAGACAGGACUCCUCUGACGAGCGCCAACGACUUCACCUCCACCAAAAGCAGAAUCAUCCAGCUCUGUCUGGAGCUCACUUCCACCGUCCAGAAGGACUGCACUGUGUACGAGAUAGAGGAGAAGAUUCUGGAAGUGUCCCGAGCCCUGAACGCCAUCUGUGAGAAGACGGUCCAGGUGACCUCUGACCCCUCAAAGAGCGAGCUGUCCUGCCUGGAGGAGGUGCACAUCACCAACGUCAAGCCUGGAGAGGGACUGGGUAUUUACAUCAAAUCCACAUACGACGGGCUUCACGUCAUCACAGGAACAACAGAGAAUUCUCCUGCGGAUAAAACCCAGAGGAUUCAUGCUGGAGAUGAAGUCGUUCUGGUCAACAAACAGACCGUGGUGGGCUGGCAGUUGAAGCACCUGGUGGAGAAGCUGAGGGCAGAGUCUGGAGGCGUUGUCUUGGUAUUGAAGAAGAGGCCGUCUGGAAUGUGUGGCGGCUUCGCUCCCGCUCCGCUGAAAAACCUGCGCUGGAGGCCUCCGCUCGUACAGACCGCUCAGGGAGCUCCGGGUUUCUAUAGAUCUCGACACCCAGAAACCUCAGAUGCUCCAGGGAAGAGAGGAAAGACGACCAUAUUGGAUUUGUACGUCCCUCCUCCCCCUGCAGCACCUUACGUACCACUAGAUGGAAACAUUAACGUGUCCUCUGGUGUGAAAAUGAGGCCAAAGUCUCCAAAUUCAUGUCUGGACGCGGACGCUCGGCGUCGCUACACUGUUGUUGAUGACGACAGGACUCCCGACGCUCCCCCACCUGAACUCAGCCAACCAAAUCCUGUGUGCCUUAGACAGCGCUCGUCUACACGCUGUAAACCUCGGCCCGUCUCCAUGCCGGUGGAGUCAUUUUCAGCCGACCCGUUCUCCAGACCCGGGGCUCAGGGAAGGAGAGGACAGGACAUCCUGCACAGAUAUCUGAGUAACGAGGGAAUCAGCACCAUCACAGAGGAGGAGCCAUGUUUCCCUCUGCCGUACCGAGGGCACCCGUCAGUCCGCGGUGUCGACCACAUCAGAGGCAGCCAGUGCUUUAUCAACGCCAACCUGCACAACAGCGCCACUAUCCCUUACCAGGAAGCAGCAUCCAAAAAGUCUGCUGCCUCCACCUCUGCUGCUGUUUCUCCUCCUCUGGCUGUAACUAAACAGUCAACGUCGCUGCUCGGAGGCUGGCUGGCUCGUCUUAGGCUGCUUAUCUCAGGCAGUUUCCUCCCAUGCUGUGCAUCAUUCUACUGCAAAGACACCACGCUUCUGGACGUCCAGCAGGCAGCCGGCUGGUCUGCAGCCAUGAGUCGGCGGCGGGUCUCGGUCAAAGAUCUGGGGGUGGUGGACUGUCAGGGCUGGCUUCUCCGCAAGAAGGAGGGCCGCAGCUUCCUGGGAAGCAAAUGGAAGAGAUACUGGUUUGUCCUGAAGAGGAGUUCUCUGUACUGGUACACUGACAAAACGGCGGAGAAAGCAGAAGGAUUUAUUAACCUGUCCGGCUUCACCAUCGAACAGGCCAAACAGAGCCGCAAGAAACAGUGCGACACUGCCAUAACAGCCAGCCAUCAUCUAGUUGUGACUAUUUUCAUCGCUGCUGAGAGCUUCACAGACAUGAAUAAGUGGAUCAGUAAACUGUCACAGGCGGCCGAGCCGUGUGAACUCGUCAACACUGCAGAGUGCUACAGUGAAGACAGCGAUCAGGACGAGUAUGUGUCGACAUGUUCUCUGAACGCUGAGCAGGAAGCAGCCGAUUGUGAAAAUGGGGACUGUCCUCAGCCCGUCUGUGAGUCCUCACCCUGCACCUCAGUCCCACCCAUGACUCCGACAGGUGAACACAGAAGAAGAAGCACCUCAGAGGGUGCAAACUUAAGUAGAAACAGAAGAAGAGCCUCAGAGGGCAGUGAGCGCCUGUCCUGGCUGGACCUCCCUGGGCCUGAUGGAGGUGGAGGAGCCUCCGUGCCUCUGCUGCUUGUCAGAGAAGAAACAGAAGAGGAGGUCAUCCACGAGAAGUCACCUGAUGAGAUGGAGACUCUCUACAACCACCUGAAGUCAGCCAGCUUGUCUCCGAUUGGACGGUCCAGUAAGAGGGACUUCAGAGCGUCCUUCAUCAGACGAUGUCAGAACGACAAAGUCAACGAAAAGCUUCACCUGCUGCGGAUCCUCAGCAGCACGCUGAAGGCCAAAGAGUCGGAGCUGCUGGCGGUGGAGCAGAUCCUGACAGACCCGGCUCUUGCGGCGCCCACGUACAGGAAGUGGAGGACCUCUAACCUCGUCCUGCUGCAGGAGAUCGUUCAACGCUACCAGGCAGGAGGAGGCGCUGCAGAGCUGAGACCUCAGCUUGUCAUCCCGCCAACAUAAACACGAGUGUUCUCAGGUUUACCUUCAAGUCGCAGGUGUGACAGAGAGCAGGUGACGGUGCUGGGUCUCACUGGGUGGACUGGGAACAAACCACAAUGCUAUACCUGCUCUAACUGUUUAUAUUUGACUUUAGCGUGAUUUCCAUCCAGGUGGCAGUGGAGGAGUUUGUGUGAAUGAGUACAUUUACUCAAGACCUGUACUUGAGUAUUAUUUGAUGUAUUUGUUCUUGAGUAUUUCCAUUUUAUACUGCUUUACACUUCUACUCUACUACAGCUUGGAGGCAAAAAUUGUACUUUUUA